GGAGAAGAUGUUGGUGCUUAACUGUUCUACCAAAUUACUGAUCCUGGAAAAAGUGUUGAAGAGUCACUUUCCUGAAUCGCUCAAGGUUUAUGGAGCAGUGAUGAACAUAAAUCGUGGGAAUCCCUUUCAAAAGGAAGUGGUACUGGAUUCAUGGCCCAACUUCAAAGCUGUCAUCACUCGGCGGCAGAAAGAGGCUGAGACAGACAACCUGGACCAUUAUACUAACGCCUAUGCUGUGUUCUACAAAGAUGUCAGAGCUUACCGACAGCUGUUGGAAGAACGUGGUAUUAUCAACUGGGACCAAGUAUUUCAAAUACAGGGGCUGCAGAACGAGUUAUAUGAUGUCUCCAAAGCUGUUGCCAACUCAAAGCAGUUAGACGUAAAGCUAGCUUCCUUCAAGGCUGUUUGCUUUUCUCCGGUUUCAGCUCUGCCAGACACCAGUUUCUUAAUGAAUUCUUCCCCACAACUCACCUACCUGAGCGUUGCCGAUGCUGAUCUACUCAACCGGACUUGGUCUCGGGGAGGCAAUGAACAGUGUCGCCGGUACAUCGCCCACCUCAUCUCCUGCUUCCCAAGUGUGUGUGUCCGUGAUGACAAGGGGAACCCCGUGUCUUGGUCUAUCACAGACCAGUUCGCCACCAUGUGCCAUGGCUACACCCUGCCAGAGCAUCGCAGGAAAGGUUAUAACCGGCUGGUGGCCCUCACGCUGGCCAGGAAGUUGCGAAGCCAGGGAUUCCCCUGCCAGGGCAACGUCCUCGAUGACAACGUGUCAUCCAUCAGCCUCCUGAAGAGCAUCCAAGCCGAGUUCUUACCUUGUCGGUUCCAUAGGCUUAUUCUCACCCCUGCAACUUUCUCUGGGCAAGUUCACCCCUAG